UUCGGGUGUACAGUCAUGAGUCGGACUCGGAGGAGCCAGGAAGUAACUGUGAGCCAUGCCGCGCCACGGAUAAAGUAAAAGCAAGCGCGCGCCUCGUCGUCAGCAGCCAGUGAUCUCACACACACACACACACGCAUACACACACGCACACACACACGCACGGGGAGGGAGAAUACUAGCCGACUACGAAAUCGUGCCAAAUGUAUCGUAGUGACGGACAGUGAGCGCACAGCAGCUCGGGAACGCUAGAAAUUCCAGUCGCAGAAUAACAGGAAUAUUAAAGCAGCGCAUCGCCACACGCUUCAUCCCCUGAAGAAGAAAAGACGGAAGGAAACAAGAGCGGGAUUUUAGCGGGGAGUUUCGAAGCGCCUGUUUCUCUUGCACUGUAUAAGACACAAAAUCGGCAAAAUAGAGCACAUAACGUUCAAGAUGCCUCGGGUGGUCCCGGAUCAGAGGAGCAAGUUUGAGAACGAGGAGUUCUUCAGGAAGCUGAGCCGCGAGUGCGAGAUUAAAUACACCGGUUUCCGAGACCGACCCCACGAGGAGAGACAAGCCCGCUUUCAGAACGCCUGCCGGGACGGCCGCUCAGAAAUAGCUUUUGUGGCGACCGGCACCAAUCUCUCGCUGCAGUUCUUCCCCGCCAACCUGCAUGGUGAGCAAAGGCAGAUGCCCAGCCGAGAGUAUGUGGACUUCGAGAGAGAGACGGGAAAGGUGUACCUGAAGGCCCCUAUGAUCUUAAAUGGAGUGUGUGUGAUUUGGAGAGGCUGGAUUGACCUGCAACGUCUGGAUGGAAUGGGCUGUUUGGAAUAUGAUGAUGAACGAGCACAGCAUGAGGAUGCUCUUGCCCAGGCUGCCUUUGAGGAGGCUCGCAGGAGGACUCGUGAUUUUGAGGACAGGGAUCGUUCACACCGCGAGGACCUGGAGGACCCUGUGGCAUCAAAAAUCUGGGACUGAUGGCAUUCACGGACCAGGCCCAGGCGACAGCAGGACCCCAGCCCUGGCUCCAACAUGGGCAACACUGACGAUCACAAGAUGCGCUAACGGCAAUCAGCAAUCCAGUGGGCAGGGAAAGGGUGACACCAUCUCCAUCACCACAACAAUUUCACAACUCCAUCGCCCCAAAUAAUCACACAAGAGACCAAAGUCCA